AUGGUUGCCACGUGUUCCGAUGUCUCUGCGGCUUGUCAGGCCCCAGUGUGGGCGUUUGAAAUCAGGAACCUGGCCGCCUCGCUGCUGGCAGCAGGCGCAGGCAGCGCGGCAGGCGGAGCUGGAAGCGCCCCCCGCCCAGUGGGGUUCGGGGGAUACGUGGGCAGUGCGCGGGUGCAGACAGCAGCCGCGGGGGCGGCUGGAGGGGGAAGGGAGAGCGCGGAGGGCGGGGCAGACGGAGGGCGGGAGGGGCAAGGGGGGGCAGCGGAGGCUUCUGCAGGCAGCGGGCCUAAGGAGCUGGUCAUUGGGGCGGACGUGAGCGGCGAGGCAGCGGCGCAUCUGAGGCGGCUGGCGAAGAAAGACGCCACCACCAAGCUGAAGGCGCUGGAAGCGCUUCAGGGGGUGCUGGGCGGCAGCACAGCCGCCCAGAUGCAAGCCAUGCUGCCUGCUUGGGCGUUUGAGUACCGGCGGCUGGUGGUGGACGGCAGCAGGGCUGUGCGCCUCGCCACACACGCCACCAUGACCCUGCUCGUCAAGGCCGUGGGCAAGGGCCUGGCGCCACACCUGAAGCAGGUGAUGGGGCCGUGGUGGGUGGCGCAGUUUGACUCCUCCCGUGACGUCGCUGCUGCCGCCUCCCUCUCCUUCCAGGUGCGUCACAGGCUUACCAGCUUUCGUCUCCUCCUGCUGCCCACCCUGCUGCCCACCCUGCUGCCCACCCUGCUGCCCAUCCUGCUGCCCAUCCUGCUGCCAAUCCUGCUGCCCAUCCUGCUGCCCAUCCUGCUGCCCAUCCUGCUGCCCAUCCUGCUGCCCAUCCUGCUGCCCAUCCUGCUGCCCAUCCUGCUGCCCAUCCUGCUGCCCAUCCUGCUGCCCAUCCUGCUGCCCAUCCUGCUGCCCAUCCUGCUGCCCAUCCUGCUGCCCAUCCUGCUGCCCAUCCUGCUGCCCAUCCUGCUGCCCAUCCUGCUGCCCAUCCUGCUGCCCAUUCUGACAGCCUUCCCCACGCCCACACGGCGAGUGGAGGCGCUGGCAUUCGCGGGGGAGGCGGUGGUGGGCGCGCUGGCAGAGCUGCUGGCCGCCACCCCGCAGUCGCUGGCUGCUGCCGACCGCUCGCUCAGCGUGGAGGAGGCCAAGCACCGCCUGGACGAGCUGCUGUGCGCAGCUCUGCUGGCGCUGAGGGCGCUCCUGCAAACCCUGCUGCCGCCACGGCCACUCAGAGGGGCUGCUGCUGGCGCUGCGACCGCAGGUGGGGAGACAGCAGCAACAGCAGGAGCAGGUACAGCAGCAGCAGGGCCAGCAGGAGAACCAUCAGCAGUAGAAUCAACGGCAGCGGCAGCGGCAGCUGCGCCAGCAGCCCUGCCCCCGUCUGUGGUGGCAGCCCAGCCGCGCAUGGCAGCGUCGCUGCUCUCCUCCCUGCGCGCCCUCUCCUUCCUCCGCGCCCUCGCCAAACACCCCUCCCCCCGCGUGCGCUCCGCAGCCUACCACACGCUGCCAGCUGUCCUGCUCUCAUUGGGGCCGCAGGGGCAGGAGCAGGAGGGAGUGGUGACGAGUAGCGGGAGGGGGGGCAACCAGGAGGGAGGGGGGGGCGGAGAGAGGUGGGAAGUUGAAGUGGAGGUGAUGGGGGAAGCGGAGGUGGUGGAGAAGGUGGGGCCAGUGGUGGCAGCAGCCAUGGGGGAGAAGGUAUCCGCAUGCCAUGGCGCCAUGUGGGAGCUGGUUCUGGUGGCAUCACGCACCUGCCCCUCCCUCUGGGCCAACCCUUCCUUUCUUAAAUCCGCUCUGCCGAAGCUCUGGGUUUUUCUCCAAGCCGGGUGUUUAGGCUCGGCAGCGCAGUCGUACCCAUGCCUGCUGCCGCUGCUUUCGGUGUUCUUCCGAGCCAGGCUGCACCAAUCACAGGGCGUGUUGGUGCCUUUUUUUACGAGCCUUUGGCAGGGACGGCUUGUCCACAUGGCGCGGCCUGAUUGGCUGGCGCUGCUGACGUGUGUGAGGGAGUGCUUGGUGCUGAGUGUGGUGCAGCUGAGGCGAGAGGAGGGGAGGGCAGUGGGGGAGGAGGAGGUUGGGGGAGGGGAGCAGAAGGAGGGUGGGAGAGAAGGACAGGUAAUCUACGCUGGAGAACUAGUGAAAGUGGUGUUGUGGGAUUUAUGCUUCCUAGACCUCCUUCCCGAGCCCAGGAACACUGGUUCGGACCUAGGCUCGGAUUCUCAUGGUCCAGAGAAGACAGAGGGCACUGGUGGAAAGGCCGAAGGGGGAAGGGGCGGGGUGGCAGCGGGUGAGAGGAAGGGCGGGAGUGCAUGGCUGGGAGCGGUGGUGGCGUGUGUGGGAGAGACAGUGAGGCAGAUAGUGCAGGUGGAGAGGGGAAAGGGGUGGACGGGGGGCGGAGGAGAGGAGGCGCAAGAGCUGGGGAGGGGUGAGGCGCCGAGAGGGUCUGUUAUGGACGGCUUCUGGUCGUGCGUGUUGGAUGCCGUGCUGUCUGCUGUUGAUGGCCCCACUGCUACUGGUGUGCCUCCUCCUGUUGAUGCUGCCAAGAAGGAGAACACAGGGGAGUGUGAAGUGGCGCUGCUGAGGCGAGCACUCGCAGGGAGCGCUGCUGCUGAUGGUGGUCAUAACACAAGCAAGCGCACUAGCGACGGCAGCACAGUGCAAGCAGUUCUGUCACUGCUGAAGCAGCUCAAGCCGACAGCAGCAGCUGCAGCAGGGCCUGCAGGAGUGGCAUCAGCAGCAGCAGGCGGUGUGAAGGGCAGUGGCGAGCGUAUGGAGUGGGUGGUGCCUGCAGUGGUGUCUCCUCUCAUGCACCGACUGCUGCCCCUCGCGCUGCCCCUCCCCCUCCCGUCCUCUCCCCUCCCCUCUUCAUCCUCCCCCGCUCGCAUGGAAGCGGCAGCAGCCAUGGCGGCGGCACUUGUCGACAUGUUUGGAGCACCAGCCAUCCCGUGCCAGCUGGCGGCGCAUGACUCGACGGACAGUGCAGCUACCGUGGCUCGCAGUGGCACGACUCCCCUGCAGCUGCUGGACUUGCUGCUGGCAGACACGGAGGUUGGGGCAGGAGAGGGAGCAAGUGGCAGGGCGGAUGGCAGGGCUGUGUCUGUUCUGCAAGUGAAGCUCCUCUCGCACCUCGCCCUGCUCCCUCCGCCACACAGCACCAUCACCACCACCAUCACCACUAGCAGCAGCAGUGCAAGCAGCAUAGGUGGAAGCGAAUCAGGGGCAGCAGAAGGCGAGAACUGCCUGUCGCUCAUCGUGCAGCGGCUGUGCACUGCUGCACUCCACCCAGCCAAGCAGAGCGAGGCAGAGGCAGGUGGGGGUCAUGGUGGAGGCUCCUCCUCCCUCAACAUGCCCGCUUGCCUCCUCGCUGCUCUCCUCUCCUCGCUCUCCGCCCCCUCCCCUCCCCUCACCGCCGCGGCCAGCACCGCUCUUGACCGCUUGGCCAUGCACGUGGUUGCAUCCAUGCCGCUGCUGCUCCUCCCCUCCUCCCAAUGGCUCCUCCGAACGCUCCUCUCUCCGCCUCCUGCUGCUCCCACGCCCCUCUCUGUCCCCUCCUCGCGUUCCUGGCUGUCGCCCUCCUGCCUUGCCUCGGUCUAUGCCUCUCUGCAUUCGCACCUGCUUUCUUCCCUCCUCGUGCUCUCCUCCUCUCCGUCCCUCCACACUCUCGGUCUCAUGCUACAGCCACUGCUGCUGCUGGUGAGGCGAGAGGGAGGUGUGGGGGGAGAAGGGGUGGAAGUAGGAGCAUUGGAAAAGCCAGACUCAGAAGGAGGAGGUGAGGGGGAUGCCACGUCAGCACAGGCCGAGCUGGCAGCAUGCCUGGACGUCCUGGAGCCCCUGUGGCUCGCCUCCCAUGUGUCUGCCAGCAGCGCAGGCUCUGCUGAGCUGUCGUGUGUAGCUACCCUCACUGCACGCCUGCUCACUCGCUCUCUUGCCACUGCUGCUGCUUCUCCUCUCUCCCACUGCCGCCCACACCUCUGUGCGCGCUGGGCGGCGGAUCUUGUCCGUUUCUUCCAGCUGCAAGGCGGGAAGGAGGCGGCGGAGAGGCGUGUGAUUGGGUGGAUUCUGGCCGAUCUCGAGUUGAUGGGUGGAGGGGAGCAAAAAUGGCCUCGAUUUGUGGGUCACUUUCCUGACUCUUCUGUCACGGCUGGUUCUCGUGACAGUGCGGGCGGCGGGCGGGCGGCACUGGCAGUUGAACUGAUGUGCGCCUGGCAAGAGGAACACUCUCUGCGCCACCACCAUCACUCCACCGUCACGCCACAUGGCGGCCUCUCAUUGGGCGGGCUUGACGGCGAUGUCCUUGGGAUUGGGCCAGCAGUGGUGGCGGAGCUGAUGGUGGGGGCAGCACGGCAGGUGGGGGAGAAGGAGGCGGAGGUACAACAAAGUGUGGAGGGAGGGGCAGAGGUGGGAGCAGGAGUGAGAGGAGCAGUAGAGGGCAGAGCGGAGGGAAGGCUUGUGAGCGAGGUGGUGAGUGUGUUGGUGCAACUGGCGUCCCAGGAAAUCGACCCUGCUCGUGCCAGUGCUGCCACCGCCACUGCCACACAUGCAUCAUUGGCUCUCAAGGCACUCUGCGGGCUUCUCAGAAGGUUCCUUGCAGCAGGGGCGUGGGGCCCAUGGCAGGCAUGGCAGGUGGUGCAGCAGCAGGUGGCAGCACUGAAGGAUGAGAGAGAGGGCCGUGGCAACUCUUCCCAUGGAAAUGCCGGGAGUGGGGGAGGGCGUGGGAGAGUGCGAGUGGUGGCAGAGGUGGUGGGGAUACUGAUGCCUGUGGUGCGGUGGGGCGGGCAGGCAGGGGGGCGAGCCGAGGCAGCAGGGGGAGGUGCAGCAGCGGGUGGGGAAGGAGGAUGGAGAGGGGCGUUGGAGCAGCAGGUGGAUGAGGAGGUGGUGUGGUGGGUGCAGCGAGCCAAUGAGGCGCUGCCACUUGUCGCAUGUGUGGAGCAGCAGAGUGCAGAGGCAAGAGACUCGCUCGCUCUCCACGCCCUCGCCUUGGCGCUCUUCCCCAUGCCACCAUCAUCUGGUCCCUCUUCCACCCCUCUCCAAGCCCACUCCUCCGCCACCACCAGCAGCCCCUCCCAGCGCGCCGCCCUGCUCGCCCUGCUGCGCCUGCAGACCUCCCGCCACGCCACUGCUGCCGUCGCUGCCGCUGCCGCCGCCUCCCGCCUCGCCGCUGCCGCGUCUGCUGGGGAUGCAGGCAGCGUGGGGCCCGGGGAGACGAGCAGUGCUCUGAGCAGUGCUCUGAGCAGUGCUCUGAGCAGCGUGGGUAAGAUGAGGCAUGCUGGGGGUGUGAGUGCGGACGUGGGAGGGGGGGACGAGUUGGAUGAUCUAGACGAGCUUGAUGAAUUGGAUGAGCUGGAUGCGGAUGGCGGCGGUGAUGCAGGUGGCAGUGAUGACGUGCUAUUUGACGAGCUUGAUGAGCUGAACGAGGAGGAGGAGCAGCAGAGCGGUGGGAGGGAUGGAAGGCCGGUGCAGGUGCAGAGCAGUGCCAGUGGUGCAACCAGUAACAGGGAGGCAUUGCAGCAGCAGCAGGUGGGGGUCGAGGAAGCAUGGGAGAGCACACAGGAAAGCAGGGAGGAGUGGGUGGCGCACGUGAAUUGCUGCCUCCUCGCCCUCGCCAGCACAGCAGUGGCGUACAGCUGGCAGGAGAUGGCGGAAGCUGACGUGGCGUUUGUGGGCGGCAGGCUGCGGCGGGCGCUGGCAGCAGCAGCCAUGGCGUUUGAGGAGCUGGUGGAGGGCAUGGGGGAGGGGGUGGGGGAGGAAGAGGAUGGGAAUAGGAGAAAAUCAGGAAAGAGGCAAGCAGGGGAGGGGCAGGCAGGGGAUGAGCAGGGGAGGGUGAGUGGCAUGGCACGGCGGCUGGAGGCCAUGCCGUUGGACGUGGCAGGUGCUGCCCUCUCACUGCUCUCCAUGCUGCUCGCCCUCCACUCCCACGCCUCUGCUGCCUCCGCUGCCACCAGCAGCAUCUUCUCACUCUGGUCGUCAGCCGCUGCAUCGGCGUCCCCCUCCUCGCUCUGGUCAUCAGAGGCAUGUGCAGGGGUGGUACGGCAGGGGUCAGAGCACGCCUUGCGCAUCUUCAUUGCUACAGGCCUAGCAGACGCGGCUGUCCCUCACAGCACCGUCGCCAGCAGUGCAGCCAGCAGCGUUCAGAGCAGCCAGCCCAUGACAACCUGGCGCCUGCAGCAUCCACUCUUCUUCCGCCAGCUGUCGCACGCAGUGCUUGCCGCUCCCCCUCGGGCGGUGGAAGCAGCGGUGCGGGCAGCGGAGAUCUGGGGGGCGGGGCGAGGGCCAAUUGCAGGGCUGUAUGCGCUCAUGUGCGGCCCGUCGCCAGGUGGCAGCGUGCGAUUGGCUGCAUUCUGGUGUCUUUCUAGGGAGCAGGUAUUGCCUGCUGCUGUGGGGGCAGCGGUGGUGAGGGGCGGAGGAGACGGGGAGACACAUGGAGAGCCAGUUGGUGAUGGCGUCAGACCUGAGCUGGCUCACAUUCUGCAGCCAGCCAAUCGGAAGGAGUUGCUGACGUCAGCUCUGACGUCAUCGCAGCGGGUGCGGUACUACCUGGCAGCUUGUCUUGUGCUGCACCGCAUCCAAUCCCUCCCCACCUCACCCCCAUCCCCACCUCCCUCCACCGCAACCGCCUCUGCCGCAUCGCCAUCCUCCCCUCGUGACCGCCUCAUCUCUUUCAUCCUAGCCACUCCCACUCUCACUCUCCUCCUCGACCUCGUCUCUCAAAACCUCCUCCUCGCCCCCUCUCCCUCACACUCCUCCGCCUCUGCACGUCGCCUCAUCCAUCUCAACCCCUCAGGACCCCUCCCCCCUGCGGUAGCCCAAGCUGGGGACUUUGCCACACGUGCAGUUGCCCAGGCCUCGCCUCUGGACGUCGCACUGGAAGUUUUAACCCUGUCCGGGGCAGGCAAAUUAUCGGUGCCACGCAUGCGCAGCCUGGCAGCAGCGGUGUUUGGGGCAGCGCUGCGAGUGGUGCCAGGGGGGGUGAGGCGGUGGUAUGCGGAUGUGAGGGAGAUGGGAGUGCGGCGGGGCAUGGACAUCUUCACUGCCCGAUACUGCAGCGCUCACAUGAUCUCCCUCGAACUCGCCCAGGUAUGCAUUCUCUCCCUCUCUCUCACCUCUCCUCUCUCAUCUUCUCAAACCAUGUUCAUGAAAUACCACGCUCCCAGCGACACUCCUUCCUUCGUACCUCUCCUGAAUCUUCCCAGCCACGUCCCAUUCUGCUGUCGCUUCCCUUCCUCCGUCAAACCCCCCCCCCCCCUCCCCAACCAGGCGCAGAAGGCGGGCGGCAGCAAGGAGGACCUGACGGUGCGCACACGGCGGUCAGCACGCGAGGUGUGGGCGGUGUACUGCAAGGACGAGGCCAAGCUGGAGCUUGUCAUCAAGCUGCCCGAAAGCUACCCGCUGCGAGGGGCAGCUGUCGAAAGUUCCAAAGGGGCAGGCGUGAAAGAGGCCGAGAUGCGCAAGUGGCUGUUGGCUGCUAACUCGUUCCUGCUGCUGGGAGGGGGGUCGGUGGCAGAUGCGGUGGUGCAGUGGUGCGAGUGUGCAGAGAAGAAGUUUGAAGGGGUUGAGGAUUGCCCCAUCUGCUACAGUGUCAUCCACUCGUCCAAUGGCAGCCUGCCACGUCUGCAGUGCCGCACGUGCAAGCACAAGUUCCACCCCGAGUGUCUGUACCAGUGGUUCCAAUCCUCCCACAAGUCCACCUGCCCGCUCUGCCAGACAUCCUUCUAG